AUGAAGCUGCUGUUCAAGUCGCUAGCAGGUGGCAAUUUCCACCUGGAUAUCGAGCCCACGGAGACGAUUGAGCGCGUAAAGCAGAAAAUUUGCGAUGCGCAGGGCCACAGUGUGGAGUUGCAAAAGCUGAUCUUCUCUGGCAAAAUUUUGGAGAACAGCAAGACGGUCGAGAGCUAUGUGAUCCAGGAGAAAGAUUUUUUGGUUGUCAUGGUAUCCAAGCCUAAAACUCCUAAGGCGUCCAAGCCAGAGGUGAGCGCAGAAGAAAGCAAGGAAGUGAAGGGCGAGACUCAGGAAGCACCCGCAGCUGACGCGCCGAAGGAAGUUGCUUCGGCUAGUGCGCCUGCGCCCGAAUCGGACGGUACGCCGCUUCAGGCCAGCUCAUUCCUUGCUGGCUCGGAGCUUGAGGCGGCGAUGACCAGCAUGACAGAGAUGGGGUUCCCACGAACCGAUGUACAACGCGCGAUGCGCAUGAGCUUUAACAAUCCCGACCGCGCCGUGGAGUACUUAAUGAAUGGGCUUCCUGCCGAGGCUCCUUCCUCCGAAGCGCCUUUGGAAGCCACAGAAACGCCUGCUGCCGCACCUGCAAAUCCCGCUGCCGCACCUGCUGCACCUGCAAACCCCCCCGCCGCGUCGGGCAAUCUGUUUGAACAGGCAGCUGCUGUCGCUAGCCAAGGCGCACAAGGCAGUGACCUCCCUGGUGAGACUGACGCGCAAGGACGCCAGAUGAUCGACUUGGGAAACCCCCAAGUGCUUGGCCAGCUGCGCUCGUUGGUCGAGCAGAACCCAGCCGCUCUCCAACCGCUUAUCCAGGCGCUUGUGCAGAGCAACCCCCAACUUGCAGAGGCAAUGAGUGCAGAUCCCGAGGGUGUCUUGCGUCUUCUUGCAGGUGCAGAGGCCCCGGAUGGUGACGAGGAGUCGUUUGAAGUCCCUUCUUUGCAGCAACUUUCCGAAGAGGACCGAACGCAGGUCCAACAGAAUCCACAAGACUUUGAGGACUAA